AUGGCACUUUCCGCCGAACUGUGCUCUCUUGGCUCAUCAACCGAUAACGAACCCCAAUCACCACCUGUUGAAUGUUUCCAAUAUCAACAAGUGAAUCUCGACUUAACAUGUGCAGAAGGCGAUGAAUUAAAUGUCGAUGAAUUGGAUGUAAUAGUGAUAGGACCGAAUGAUAAAACCUAUCAGCGAAACGAAAUCAGUUUACAAAAAAAUCGAACUAUUAAUGGUGCUGUUCUAUCAAUUAUUCCUCUUGAUAUUGGCUUACACAAGGUUCGAAUAUUGUGUCAAGGAAAAGAAGUGCCAUCGAGUCCCAUUGCGCUAAAUGUAUUAUUACCACCGGCUGCCUCGUCGAAACCUGUAACAUCAUCACAACACACUUUCUCUUCGUCACCACAAUCGAUGGAUUUUUAUUCCGAACCCGACAUAGGUCACGUUUCAUUCUCGGGUCUCACUGAACCAUGCUCUGUCGGAUCAAUUGUUGAAGUCGUUAUAAAUGCACAUGGUGAUUCGUCGAAUGGAUCUGUGUUGGUCGAAGCAAUAUCGCCAUCAGGUCGAGUUAAGCAAUGUCCAGUUCUGCAGAAGGCAAAUUCCUUUACAGCUACAUUCACUCCGAACGAAGUUGGUGAAUGGCGAAUAGGAAUUCUCUACGAUGAUGAGCACAUCAGAGGUUCACCGUUCUCAUGUAAUGUUUAUGAUGCUAAUGUUGUACAGGUAUACGGGCUUGAUGUUGGUCUUGUUGGACAAGAAAUUAAAUUCAGUGUAAAUGCGGCACAAGCCGGGCAAGGAUUUGUUAAGGUACGGUUUCGUUUCUUGAAACUUUUAUGA